AUGGCCCUUCGAAUCCUUCGACCGUUGUGCUCUUUUAGGAUCGCACAUAGUCGAGCACCUUGUCUUUCGAGAGCCUUUUCACUUCAUAGAUGUCUAUCAACCGCCAAAAGUACAGGCGAUGACAAUGCUUCGGCUCGUGCUUUACAACUGCUUGGCAAAAGCCCGAAGCAACAAAUCCGCAACUUUACAGAAGAAGCCCUUUUGCACUUACGGAAGACCGUUUUGGACCGCUCUUUUGCAAGCCCCUACCACAGUCUAGCCAAAUUGCCAAAAGCAAGACUUGAACAGCUUGUGGAGGAGUUUGAAACUACAUUCAGCGAGAAAUGUUCCGCUUACUACGAAAAUCCGCUGCUGCAUAGUCUCCAACUUCGAGACAUUUCCCUAGCAGAAUACUUUCGUCCACAUCUUGAUGCGGCCCCACCGAUCAUCUUACUGGUUUAUUUGAACAUGUACCCGACAGAUUUGGCUGAACACAGAGGAUACAAAAACAAAACGGAAAUCGCCACAGCCAUUCUCACAGAACUCUUCCAUCAACAUUGUAUUGGCGAUCUUCUACACUCUCUUCCAGAGCAGGAAAAAAUCGAUACCAACUGGGAUAUCGGCAAUCCAGCCGAGUGGUUUCCCCAGGCGAGAAAGAUGAAACGCAAAAUCAUCAUGCAUGUCGGGCCCACCAAUAGUGGAAAAACCCACAACUCGCUCAAAGCUUUUGCCGCAGCAAAGUCUGGUUACUAUGCGGGGCCUUUACGGCUUUUGGCCCGAGAAAUCUACGAGCGUUUUGAAGGCCAGGGUAUUCAUUGCAACUUGAUCACAGGAGAAGAGGUGGUUCCUUCUUUGGACGAGUACGGUAGCGUGUCCAAUCUCUCUUCGGGAACAAUCGAGAUGAUCCCGCUUCACAAGAAGAUGGACAUUUGUAUUAUUGACGAGAUCCAAAUGCUCGCGGAUCCUACGAGAGGCUCCGCUUGGACAAAUGCGGUUCUAGGUGUCCAGGCAAAAGAGGUUCACUUGUGUGGCGAAGAAAGUGCCGUGGCCCUUGUGAAAGAGAUGGUCAAGUCCACAGGCGAUGAGCUUGUGAUCAAACAGUAUAAACGGUUGGGGAAGCUCACCAUGUGCCAAAAGCCUGUGGGUCGGCUUGAAAACUUGCAAAAGGGCGAUUGUCUUAUAGCUUUUUCCAAGCGCAAAAUCUUGGAAUUGAAGUGUCGAAUCGAGCAAUCGACGUCUUUAAAGGUGGGUGUGAUUUAUGGUGCCCUCCCACCAGAAAUCCGGUCGCAGGCCUCAGCAAAGUUUAAUAGCGGGGAAUAUGAUGUUUUGGUGGCUUCAGAUGCUAUUGGAAUGGGGCUCAACUUGAAAAUCAAGCGCAUUGUCUUUUGGUCUAUAAUGAAGUUCAAUGGCUCGGAUAUGGUUCCUCUCAGUGUUUCGGCCACAAAGCAAAUUGCAGGCAGGGCUGGAAGGUUUAGCGCAGACCAAGGUGAGCUGGAAGGUUUGGUGACAGCGUUCAAGAGCAAAGACCUUCGGUUCCUUCAGCUAGCGAUGAGAGAACCAAUAAAGAACGUAGAAAAAGCGUGCAUUUGGCCACCAAGCGAAUUCUGGGUUCAUUAUGUGUCGAGUUUCCGUUCGCCUUUGCCUUUGCUGGAAGCAGUCAAGAAGUUUGAAAAAAGCAUUGGGAACCGCAAGUUGGACAACUAUUUCCUCAGUGAAUUUGAUCACCAAUUAGAGAUUCUCGACUUGCUUUUGCGCAAUCGCUUGUCAAAGUCCCUCACUAUAGAAGAUCAGUUGAGCUUGGCUCUGGUGCCGCUCAAUCUUCAUUUCGCUCCUCCUGUCGUGGUGGAAACUGCGCUCAAGUUUUUUGAGUGUAUUCUGCGGUGCGAGUCAAAAACGGUAUUUGACUUUGAUUUUCUCCACAGCUCCAUUCUUCUGAUGGAGCCCUCGAUAACAGGAUCUUCAGAGCGUGUUUUUGACACUUUGCAAGCUUUGGAAACAAACCACAAGUUAGUUUUGGUUUUCAUGUGGCUUUCCCAAAGAUGGCCAACGCUCUUUGCAGACAAGGAAAGCGCAAAUGACAUCAAAACACUUAUAGAAAAGAGAAUCAGCGAGGAGUUGAUUUGUUUGAGACGUGUGGCCAAAAAGGAAAAAUCAGGAAGAAGAAGAAGAUAA